GCGGAUAUAAUGAAUGCGGGGUCCGGGGAGAGCGGAUAUAGUGAAUGCAGGGUCCGGGGAGAGUGGAUAUAGUGAAUGCAGGGUCCGGGGAGAGCGGAUAUAGUGAAUGCGGGGUCCGGGGAGAGCGGAUAUAGUGAAUGCAGGGUCCGGGGAGAGCGGAUAUAGUGAAUGCAGGGGUCCGGGGAGACCAGAUAUAGUGAAUGCGGGGUCCGGGGAGAGCGGAUAUAAUGAAUGCAGGGUCCGGGGAGAGCGGAUAUAGUGAAUGCAGGGGUCCGGGGAGAGCGGAUAUAGUGAAUGCGGGGUCCGGGGAGAGCGGAUAUAGUGAAUGCGGGGUCCGGGGAGA